UCUAUUGUUUAUGCAUAUGAUGUGUUAAAAGCUGCAUCAAUUACAUCUACUCAACCAAUUUCUGCUAUGCAAAGUGGUGAAAUAUCCAGCAAAACUAUACAAAAAUCAUUUAGCGAAAUACUUGUAGGGGUUUGCAUGUCAAAUUUUGACCCUGUGUGGAUUAGGAUGCACAAUAAAUUCACAAUGAAAUCAAGUACUUGUAUUUACACGCUGAAAUAUUUGUUGUAACAUUAUCAUAUGUCUGGAAUUAUUCCCUUCUAACCUCUGGCAUGUGGAAAGCAUAGUUUUAAUCUCAGUAGAAACAAGCACACUAAGGGAAAUGCAGAAAAAAUAUCGGAAGGAAGAAGCUGAGUUAUAUUUGAGUCUCAAACAUGCUUUAAAGUGUGAAUUCACUCACUUCCCUACAUUUUAAAUGUUCUUUUUAUAAAACUUCUUUUAAAACUGCACUGUUGACUUUUUGCCUGCAGUUGCAACCAGAUAACAUAAAAGAGUCCCAGUUCAUACAAUUGAUAGUAUUGAAAUGAAAUGUAUAGAACAAGAAUCACAAAUUUGAGCACCCGGAGACACAGUUGUGGUGGGUUUUACUUCCUGUACGUAUAGUACCUUUUGCUCGCACAGGGGGAGUGGGGCAUGUAGACAAAGUUCACAGAUUUUGCAAGAUAAAGAAAAGCAGAAAGAGCAAAAGAGAAAAAAGAGGCAGCGCCAAGAGGACUGACAGAUGUACAAUCAGAUCGGUGAUAGGGUGAAGGGAAAGCAACAAAUGCGGUGCUGCAGUGACUCAUUUAAAGACUGCAGCUAAAGGUAAAGACAGCGAGAACUCAACAGCAGUUUCUAUUCGGGUUGUGAGCUACAUCUGUUCUGGUGGAGGGAUUUUUUUUUUUUUUUUUGCAUUUUUUUAAGAAACCGAUGGAGAAAAAUAUCAGACGGACCUCUUCAGCUGCACAUCUAAAUAUGUCCUGUGGCACCCGAAAACCACAGCUCAGCUAAGCUUUGCUUGAGAGGAGGAUUAAUGAAUGUGUUGCUGAACAUCACUGAAUUCAUCAGAAUUGACUCACCAUGACCUUGCCACCGUUCGCUGCAGGUUCUGUACCUCCAAACACUUCCUUUUCUACUGCAUAUCCAUCAGCGUCGUCCUUCAUGUCAAGAAUCACUCCGUAUUCUUCUCCCGUUGCCACACUUGAACAAAACUGUACAUUGGACAGCGCCUCACUUAGUUUGUCUCUGGCAGUUUUCUACUCGCUGUUCUUUGUGCUGGGGCUUGUGGGGAACCUGUUCGCUCUGUGGGUGUUCCUCUUUCUCCACUCCAAGCAUAACUCAGUGCGGGUGUUCCUCAUCAACUGCGCUGUGGCCGACCUGGUCCUCCUGGCGUGCCUGCCUUUCAGAGUGUACCAUCACCUCAACGGAGACCGCUGGGUGCUGGGGACGGUGGCCUGCAGGCUGGUGGGGAACGGUUUCUACAUGAACAUGUACGCAAGCAUUUUGCUGCUGGGACUAAUCAGCCUGGAUCGAUACAUGAGACUGCGAGGGAGAGCUGGAAGGAGCUUAUGGAGAAGGAUGUGUGGACGUAAGCAGCUCUGGAGCUGGGUGGUGUGUGGCACCAUAUGGAGCAUAUUUCUGAUGGGGACGAUGCUGAUGGUGGUGACAAAGGAGGACAAAGAUGCCAGCACCCAAUGCUUUGAGUACAGGCAGCGCCGCGGUGUCGCUUGGAAGGCUUAUGUCAAUGCGAUGUUAGUGGUGCUGUUCUGGCUUGUCUUCAUCAUGAUGGUCAUCUCCCACGCCAAAAUUGCCUCAAAGUUGCUUCAGCUGUCUCAGAAGCAGCCAGCGCUUCCCAAUGCAUCAAAGUACAAAAGAACAGCCAAGAAGUCCUUCUUUGUCCUCUUUCUGUUCACCGUCUGCUUUGUGCCUUACCACAUCUUCCGUCCAGUGUACAUCCAGUCUCAGGUAAAUGACUCUAGAUCCUGUGCCUACCUGGGGAUGGUGAACAAUAUCAACGAGAUCAUGCUCCUGUUGUCCACCUUCAACAGCUGCUUGGAUCCAGUCAUGUACUUUCUGUUGUCUGGCUCGGUGCGCAGAACUGCUCUGCAGGUUCUUGGACACCGGCUGUGCAACCGAUGUCAAUACCUUCAAGAUGUUACGCUGAACAGCUCUACCAUAGAUUACAGACGAGGGUCUGCACCGCUGGCUGUACCCGGACAAGUCCUCAACAACCCUUCACUCACACCUAGAACCAGCUUCUGUGUCAUUAACUCCACUCUCCGUCGCACAGAAGCAACAACUACAGUUCCUCCUGCUGGUCUUCAGUGAUCGCAAGCUGCUCAAGAUUGUCAGAACACUGAAGGCAGAAUGCCAACCACAUUGAAGCUGAGACAAAACAGUUUUUUGUUUAACAAAAUAUAUAUAAAUAUAUAUAUUUUACUGUUAGAUUAUUUACACUUGGUCUUGUUGAAAGUUUUUACCCAAGAAUGUCUGAGGUGGUGUUUUUGUUGUUUCUUUGCAUUUUUUAAGAUAAGUUGUCUCCCAUUAUUUAAAAUGGAAAAAUAUGACUGCCUAUGAUAAAAAAAUAAAUAAAUUCUCUAACUAAAAUAAAACUUCAACCGGCAUCAAAAAGUAUUCACAAGUUUUUAUAUAGAGCAACAUGUUCCAGUAUCAUUUGUAGGGCUGAGUGAUACGGUUUAAAAAUAAAUGUCAAAUCUUUUUAAUACCAAAUUUGAUUUCCAAUUCUCACUUUUUUUCAUAAAACAAUUAUAAAUUAACAAAUUUUUUUCAAUACUUGCUUUUAUCUCAGCCUGUAAAUUUAAUUGAAUUCAAAGAGAAUUGUGAGACAAAGAUCACUAACAUCACUCUGAACUAUGGACAUCCAAGAAGACCGUUAGUUAAUUUUCCAAAGCUCAAAUCUUCAAAACAGAAAAUCAAUGAAUCAAUCAAAUUAAUGAUUUACGAUGUGUUUAUUCCCAUAUUGAAGGAGGACUGAAAAAAGGUUAAUAAUGCAAAUACUUCAAACUUUAAAAUCGCUUUAACCCCCCAAAAAACUCAAUGUCAACCUACCCUAUCGAGCAGAUAUCAGUCACUGGAGUAAAGCUGUUAUUUCACCCAAGAAUGUGUAAACCGCCAUUAGGUCAAAGUUGGCAGCAGUCAUUUAAUUUUACCCAAGAGGAUUGUUUGCAGUUUCAGUACCUUAUUCCUCUCAUUUGGAGUUACACGGUGACUAAAUCUCACCUUUACAUCUCGAUGAAUCACAUUGUUGUCAUGGCAGUACCUCAGGGCCUCCAAUAUCUGCCUCAUGUAAUGGCUGCAUAGAAGGAAAAAAAAAAAGCAGAAAGAGAAGCAGGGCGGGACUUAAGGAACCCACACACUUUACUUUAAAUGCAAUCAUUUCUUGUGUCCUACCUGGCCACAGCUUCACUGUAGACAAACCCGGCGUCGGCCCGUUUAACAAUUUCAAAACACAGGUCGGCGCCAUCCAUGCUGGGACAGAAAGGAAACAGUCAUCAGUGCGAUAUGGAAAGAUAAAAAUAAACGUUCUAGUACAAGGCUUCUGCAAGCCUCAUAAUUUAAACCCAACAACUUCCACAACCUAUUUAAUGUUGGAAAACUUUCAAAUAUUUUUUAUUUUAUUGCCUGAAUACAGGAAUUGGAGACCUUUCAGAAGUUUACUGAAUAUUAAAAUGUGUAAUAAUUUUUUAUAUCACUUAAUUUCACAGAAAAAAAUACGAAAAUAAAUUACUGCCAAAAACUGGACAGCAGCUCAAAUUUAGAGACAGAAAAAUUCAAUUUGUCCUGAUAGACGGAUUGAAAUUCAAUCCCAGUUACAAUGCAGUCCAGGUUACUAUAUUAUGCCAACUGGUCAAAAAUGCUCUAUAAAAAAACCCAAAUGUUAGCUUUUCUGCUGUAAUAAAACCUCUUCAAUCAAAUUCACACCAAGUUAAUGCAGUGACACAACCUCUUAUCUGAAUCUUGAAUUGUGCAAGUGUGGUGAAUAUGUUGUUCCUGUGGUUGGCUGAGCUUGCCACCAACUGUAUAAAUGGCACAAUGUACAGCUUAUUUUUGUAGACGGAAAUGAUAAACACCAUCUAUUUGUCUUCAUUUAGCAGAAUUAACAUGGUUGGUGGCUUUUUAUUGGUGCAUUUCUCAGCUGAAUGUUUAUGACUCACAUGUACGGUACAGUCUGGUUUCUGCAAGCCUUAUUACUACUAGGGUUGUUGAAAAAUCUGUCCACUGCCUUGUCAGAGUAGGCGUUUUGGUUAAAGCGAACCCUUACAAUUCAAAGACCAUGUAGAGCAUGCCAUCAGAGCUGUAGGUCUCCAGCAGCUCCACGAUGUGGGGGUGCUUGAGCAUGUGGCAGAUGCUGGC